AUGUCAGCUCUGGACAAACUGCCCAUGGAGCUCUUGCCAGCACUAUUCAAGGAGGCCUUGACUGGCAGACAUACUAUGACUGUGAAGGCAAUGGUGGCAGCCUGGCCUUUCCCCUGUCUCCCUGUGGGGGCAUUGAUGAAGACCCCUGACUUGGAAACCUUGCAGGCAGUUCUGGCAGGAGUAGACAUGCAGCUGCAAAGAAAGAUUCACUCCAGGAGGAGAAAACUUCAGGUUCUUGACCUGAGGAAGAAGCACCAUGAAUUCUGGAGCAUAUGGGCUGGUGCAGAGGAGGGUGACUGCUCAGCAGAGGCCCCAGAUAAGCAGCAAGUAGUGAAGGUCCUUCCACGAUAUGCACUGAGGCGGUGCCUGAAGGUGGUAGCUGACCUUUGGCUCAGGCCAUGUAUAGAUGAAGAACAAACAUGUUUAUUGAAAUGGGCCCAGCUGAGAAAGGGCUCUGUAGAGUACUGCUGUAUGGAGAUGAAGAUCUGGGCUCUGUCUUCGUAUAUUAACCCAGGGGUCUUCAAAGGUUUCCAUGAAGAGCACAUCGAGAAUUUGGAACUGAUGAUGAUCAGUUGGGAUAUGUUAAAACUGUCACAAGUUGCUCCUUUCCUGGGCCGGAUGAGAAAUCUUCGCAAAUUCUUCCUGACAAAUACCGUCAAGAAUGUCUUCAUCAUUGGCAACAGGACAACAGACCGAGAAGAGAAGUGUAUCAGGAAGUUCAUUUCUCAAUUUUACAAACUCGACUGUCUUCAGUAUCUCUCCAUGAAUGGCAUCUACUUUCUUAGAGACCACCUGCAUCUGGUUCUUGGGUGCCUGAUGGCCCCGUUGGAGACCCUGUCUAUCACCUCCUGCAACCUUUCACAGUCAGACCUGAAUUCCUUGUCCGAGUGCCCGAAGCUCUUUCAGCUGAAACAUCUGGACCUGAAAUGGUACUACGGCUGCCGCCUUCAAAAUUUCUAG